GUAGUCCUAACUAAAGACUGUAGUUUUAAGUAUAUAUUUGUUUUAAUUGUUAUAAACAAGAUAAGGUAUCUCAUGUGGUCUUAAUAUGUAAUGCGAGCGCGAAGUGCGAGCUCAAAUUCUUUGAUAUUUUAUGUCCUUAGACCUGAAGAUUCUGAGGAGAUUGUAUAAUCAUGAAAAAAAAAAGUAUCCAACUAAACAAUGCGAGCGCGAAGCUCGAGCCGAAAUUCUAUUAUAGUAACGUGAAAAGGGACUCAAUUAGGACUGGUUUUUUAGUGAUUAAUGAAGAGGAUACAAGUAUCACCAAUUAAAUAAUGAGAGUGCGAAGCGCGAGCUCAAUAUUCUGACAUUCCGACCUGAAAACUGGACAGUCUAAGCGCGUUUUUAUUUAAAUAAAGAACAAGCUGUGUGUCUCAAACAAUAAUGCGAGCGCGAAGCACGAGCUUAAUUUUUUGAUAUACUGACAUGAUAAAGGAGCAUUUUGACAAAUUUUGGUAAGAAUUUCCAAAGAGGAUAGGUAACUCACAAAUCAAACAAUGCGAGCGCGCAGCGCGCGAGCUGAAAAUUUUGAUAUAUAUAAACAAUUUGUGUAAAUCAAACAAAAUAAUGAAAGCUUGAUGUGCGAGCUCAAAUAUUGUUUGCAAAUUGAUUUCAGAACUGGAUAUAUAAGUGCCAUUUAAUCCUCUUGAAUGUGAUUCAUUACACAGGCAAUGCGAGCGCGAAGCGCGAGCGAAAAUUUGUAUAUAAAGUCUAUUUUCCAAUUCUUCCCCUCACUUUUUUUGGUUUCCUUUCGGGGUCGGGCCGGCCGUUACGAGGCUGUAAAUUACACAUCAUGGGUAUGAUACCUCUUUCUUACUUUUCUUUCUGUUUUUCAUAGUUUCUAUCAAGUUAAAGAGUACACUUUUUUUUGUAGGUUGUCAAAAAAUAGGGGGGCCGGGGCCGGCUCGGCCCCCUCCUGGAUCCGCGCCUGUAACAUAAGAAAAAUGAAAGUGGGGAUGUGACAUCAUCAGUCCGCCUAUUUAAUAUUCAUGAAGACAUGCCUAGAACUGUUUCACCGGAAUAAUGCAAAUUUUUAAAAUUCAAUAACUUCGUUAUUUGUUGUCCGAUUCUGAUCAAAUUUUCAGCAUUUUCCUCUGUGAAUUUUACUCUAUUCAUUGAAAUAUAUAUAUCUCCAGCCUGGAGCAUCCCUUUAACUCAGAAAAGGGCAAGGUGAUGUUGAAAAAAAAUAAGGGCUAUGGAAAAUGAUCCUUUUUUUGAUUACCCUUUUCUAGGCAUGUAUUGUGCAGUGUAUUUACAUGCUAUCAUACUGUAUAGAGUUUUGUAGAUAUGUUUACUGCAGAGAUUGUAUCUGAGAAAUCGACUCUGAAUCAUUUUCAUUAGAUUUGAUUGAGGAUCAUUAUAGCACUUAACAGUGCAAUUACCUUUCCCGUAGAUUAAAGAAAGAACAGACAUUUCCCCUUUUGACUACUACAGAUGUGAAGUUUCACAGAGAAUUUAAAAAAAAAAUGUAUACAUAUUAUUCAAUAUCACACUCCUAGUGAGCCAUUGCAGUUUGUCUAUUUGUAAGUUUUUAAAGGCAAAUUGACAGUGAAGAUGAAAUGUAUAUUGUGUGCUCUAAAGAGAUUGCAUGUACAUGAUGUUUUCUGUUGGUAACUACAGAGAUUAUACCACUACAAAUGAGACUGAAUCACUAAUACAGAAUCAUAUUGGGAAUUCAAAAGCUUUGUGAAAUGCACUUUUUUUCACAUUUACAUCUUGGUUAUUGCAAUAGUGAUGACUGUUUUUUUUAUUCCUUUCUAAUAGUGAGGUUUUUUUUUUAUAUUAUUGCAAAACUGCAGCUAUUUUGUAUUCCCAUUUACAAAAAGUUUCAGUGCAGUUUAUCUGACAUAUGAAAGACAAUAACUAGUGAAUGAAUGUGAUAUAAUGUUCCUGUCUUUUGACAACCGGUUUGAAAAAUGUCAAUCACUUCGGUGUAAGAAUUAAAUGCAUUGUCUUGAUGAAUUCAAUUUUAUGUAAUGUAUUAAUACACUGUAUACAUGUACGGUGGUUCUAAGAAUUUAGUGAACCCCACCAGAAAAAGCACUCCUGCAUGCAGAGUGUUGAGUGGAGACAACAACACAGUACACUACAGUGUUUGGUGAGCCCAGACAAACAAACUUUAUUGAAUGUAAUUAUUGUAUUACCUGACUUCAGGAUAAAAUAUAAAAAUAUGGCAGACUUGAACACUUGAAAUAUAUUCAUUGUCUGGUGGGGUUUACAAACUUCUUACCACCACUCUAAUUCAUUCCUGAUUGUGAGUGUUAUAUUGCUUGUAUGUGGCAGUAAGAGUGCAGCGUGGGACUUUAAUUCAUGUGUAAAGUCAUUCAUAAAAUGAAAUGAUACAUGUAUAUCCCUAAAGACCAAGUCUUUGUAGCGGAUACAUUUCAUCAUCACUCAUUGAUCACUCAUACAAGAACAAGCCAGUUAAAUUGACACAAUCAUAACACAUCAAAUCAAGAAGACACAACGGCAUACAAUCUAACUCACAAAUGCAUCAAAAGUUCACAAAUGAGAGAUGAAAGCAAAAAACAAAAUCAGGGAUGAAUUUGUUUUAUUUUAUUUUAUUGGUGUAUACAUGAAUAUUAACCAGCAGCACAUGCUGAAGGGGCCAAUGUACAAAUGCAUGAAUUACAAUAUAACGAAGCAAAUAAAAAAUAAUUACAGUAUUCUAUCAAAACUUAGUGUAAUACUAGAUAUCACAUGACAUGAAAGUUAUAAGAAAAGAGGGAUAAGCACGAGAAGAGAGAGGGAGGGGGGGGGAGAAAUGUGUGUGUGAGAGAGGGGGUAGUACUUAUAAAUGUAUAGAUAAAAUUUAGUGAAGUACAUGCAGAAAGAGAAAAUGGUGAAGGAGAGUGAAAUGAAAAGAUAGAUCAUAAACUCGUGAACUUUAAUUUUUCAUAUUUUCCUUUUAACUUGCCCUUUAAUUCAUUAGAAUUUCAUACAUUCUGCACAUCAGCGGUGGUGAUCUUGGGGGAAGUGACAUUGUCCCCACACUUAUUUAAGUACUAAAAAAGUGCCCCUUUUUCCAAAGAAAAAUGCCCCUUUUUCCAAAGAAAAAUGCCCCUUUUUCCAAAGAAAAAUGCCCCCCCCCCUUACAAACGUGCCCAGUGACACUUUUUCUUAGAAGGACCAGUUUAUUAUAAAAAUAAGGGGGGGGGGGGGGGCUCUCACACUUGAACAUUUUAGCCAGCGCAUGCCAACAUACUUAGGCUGUAUCACUUUUCAUGAAAAUAGUUUCUUAAAUCAUUUAGCUAGCCACACAAGCAAUUAUUCUAUAAAGAACUUGGAUUCUUGAUAGUGUGUGUUGCUAUUUUCAAGGAUUGUUUAUAAUAUCAAGAUUAGACUAGUUAAUAUUGAAAAAAAAAACGGUUGGCCAUACAUACAGUACGUCGGCAUACUUAUGCUGCAUGGCUAAAAUGUCAAGGUGUGACAACCGAACAUCAUUAAGAAAUGUGAUAACAAUGAUAUCAUGCCAUUGUCACUCUGUUUAUUCCGGUUGGUCUGAUAACACAGUGGUACCUGGAAAGAGUUUCCCUUUAAGAGGAUGGGACGGGUUAAUAAUAACAGGUGUACAGAUGGAAGGAGGGGAGCUUGAGGAGCACUACAGAAUAAUGUUUAUGAAGAGGAAAAGAGCGAAAUAGGGAGAACUUGAAUAGUUCAGCCGGCGUCAUUUAAAUCGAGUGAGACCGUUUACUUUCAAAGUGGGAGCGAGCCAAUCAACAAUGUGUGUUUUUCUCUCAUUUACUGUGUUAUAAAUAGCUAGUCUUGAAAUCCACUUUUUGUGGAAACUAUGAAUAAUAUAGAGAAUAAAUUUGCCUUGAAUGUUGUUUGAAUAGAGACACUAAACUGUUUUCAGAGGAAAAGUAAUUGCUUUGCUCCUUGGUAUCAUACUUAUUGCGGUAUGAAUACCCCGAGUAGUGUGAGUGUGUUAUCCUUCAAGCGGGUCUAUAUUACAAGCCUAUAUCGUUAACUGUUCAGAAUGUUGGAUUGUGGGUUGGGAACCUGGUCAGAUUUGAGUAGCCGAGGACCUAAGAUGGCACUGUGCAGCUGCUGGUUCGUAUGUGCUUUAAAUUUUCCUCAUUACAUCCAGGCAUAACAACUUCUGAGCUGGACAUUGACAGCCAUCUCCUGGCUGAGGAUGUGGUCUAUACUUUCACUGCCUUCGCCACCAAUUUCUUGGGUGGAACUGGUGUCGGGACUCUUGAUGUGGUCCGUACUCCCGACAUGGUCCCGGGCAUAACGAUCGUACCAAGUGCCAUUACACCAAGGAGGGUCAUGCUGUCAGAAAGCUUCUAUCUUCACGCCCAAGUCACAUUUUACUCCGACUGCGAGGGAGCCGAACCGACGGAAACAGAUUAUACGUGGUCAACGGAUCAUAAUGACGUCAUAUUAGAUGAGACAACAAAAAACUCCCGGUCCCUCUACGUACCAGCUUUCUCUCUUCCAGCUGACACUUCCAUCACCUUCACUGUGGCAAUUCAAGGCGCAAAUGGCACUGCCGGUCCGAAUAGUGACGUCACAAUUACAACGCAUUCGUCCGAUCCCGUGGCGGUGAUCGUCGGUGGUCGGGAGAGGAAUAUCGGUAUCGGCAGUGGGCUGGUGGUGCUGGACGGCUCCGCAUCACGUGACCCAGAUCGCAGUGGUAACGAUCAUUUAUAG